CACAACAUAAAAGCAGAUUUAAGGCAGAACAGAUUACUCUGUAUACAAUCAGUGAGAAGCACAACAUUGAAAGAGAGAAAUUCUGUGCAGGCAGAAUCAUCAUUGCUACAAAUCUCGGAGGACGAGGGACAGACAUAAAGGUUGAUGAAAGUGUGAAUAAGUGUGGUGGUCUUUUUGUUCUUCUUACUCAUUUUCCACACAACCGAAGAGUUGAGAAACAAAUAUUUGGUCGUACGUCUCGAAAAGGCAAUCCGGGGAUGGUCCAGAUGGUUUUGAACUGUGAUCAUCUCGCACCCGCUUACCAAGGUCAGUCUGUAGAAAUCAUGCGCCAGCUAAGAGAGGAUUAUGAAAUUAAACGAAUCCAAGACAUGGAAAGUGAUGAGCUGGUUGAGAUAAACUUAAAGGAAAAUCUGUUCUCCGGGUUUUGUAAAUUGCUGAAAGACUUAGAUGGGCAUUACUCAGAGAAAGAAAAACUGGAUCCCAUGCAAAUGCAGCUCAAUGAUAUUCCUGAUUGCUUUAAACAUCAUCAGCCUAAGUUUGAUUAUCAGCCUGCCAUCAAUGCUUUGAAAGAAUCUUGGGCCUUGUGGUUAACCCUUCAUGAGGAUCACAUCAAUAGGCAUGAUGACUUCGGACAGCUUGAAGCAGACCUAAUCAGGACAAUAAAUGAAACAAGUGGAAAGCUGCUGCGAGGGGAAUGUGAUAAUUUCUAUGAUCACGUCAAACAGGCAAUUGUUAGAACUGAACUACACUGCCGUGAAAAAUCCAAAAAUGAUUAUGGAGCUAAAUCCUGUUGGCAAAAAGUUGCAAAUGCUGACCCACACUACAGGGCUGUGGCACUGUAUAACCAGGCGUACAUCACUAUUAACCUUGGUAAAGGUAACUAUAAAGCAGAUGCUAUGAACAUGCUGAAAGACGCAAAGAAAUCCAUUGACGUCUACAUCUCAGAUGUCUCAAACACAAUGGUCUCAUGUAACUUAUCAGUCACUGGAAACAAAGAUCAGAGCACAGAGAGCAACAACUUUCAGAGUCAAAUGGAGGCCAGAAUGAACAUCUUUAAGUCUUGGAUGACAUACAUUGAUAAUGCAUUGAUUAAACUUAAAGAGCUAGAAAAAGAUGACAGUGAUGCCAUUACAGAGGACUGUUCAGUCUACAUGCUGUCCGAAAAAAAGAACUUCAUCAUCACUAAUGAGCUGAGAUCCUUAUACGACUAUGGCCUCGGUGUUGUUUUUGAGGUGAAAAAGAAGCCCAAGUUUUGCAUAGAUGCUUUGAUAUGUCUCAUACUCGGCGUGGUACAGGUUCUUGCUGGGUUCCUUGUUUGCGCGCUGACACUUGGAACAGCUACCCAGUUUGGAUUGGGCCUGAUUUCAGAAGGAGUGUCUGACAUGUUCAGUGGAAUAGAGGGGAUGAUAAAGGGUUCAUUCGAUUGGGCGUCAUGGGCAAUAUCUAAGAGUAUCAGCAUUGGGCUUUCUUUGAUAACGGCUGGCUUUAGCAACAUCAAGAAAGCAGUUACCUCAGUGUUUAAAGUGACAAAAAGUCUCCUCAAUGGAACAAAAUCUUUUUCUUCUGUUGCAUCUGAAUUCAUCAAAUCAGGAAAGGCAAUGUUUACUUCAUUCAAAGGAGGCGUUCAGUCUGGUUUAUCAUCUGUCAGUAAAGAAUCUUUUAAAUCUGCGAUGAAAAACAUGACAUCAUCUACAGUGCUUAAACAGAACUUCAAAUCUGCAACAAAAUAUGCAGUCCAGGAAAUCGGAAAACAGUCUGUGCUCACUGCCAUGAACUACGCAAUGGAUAAAGCACUUCAGGAAGUCUUUAAGAAGAUUUUACAAAGCUGCUUUGAGAAUGUUGUUACUUCAUCGGUGAAGCAGAGCAGUAAACUCGAUCAGGCUCUUGUGGAGUUUAUCAGCUCAGGCAUUCCGAAAGCUGCAUUGAAAAAAGAGAAUUUCAAGUUUGACCAGGCUUAUGAGAAGCAAAUAAAAAAAACAGUUGGUAUGCUCUGUGAAGUGGUAAUUCCUGACCUGAUACUGGACUGUACCACAGCACAGGAUGUUAUCAGCAAACUCUCUGAGGUGUGUGAAAAAGCAGAAGAGCUUAUGAAUAAAGCCAAACUGUCAGGAGUGUACGAAAUGACAAAGCUGGCUCUGAAAGUAGCUGAGUGCUCAGCAGGUCUUACUCAAAUAUUGGGUGCCAUACCAACAGAAGAGAUAAUACAACAGAAAUUUGUUCCUGAAUUAUUGGAGAACAUCAGUGAGCUUCAGAAUGAAAUGACAAAAUAUGACCAAGAUGGACAACACAAUUUACAUGAUGUACAGCGCCUUAAAGGUGAACUUCUACAGACUAUCGCCCAGAAGGUGUCUGACCAAUUCAUCAGUUCCUGCUCUGAACAUAUAUCUUCUUUAAUGACAAGCACAUUUAAAAGUCAUUUGAACAGUGCUGCAGGAAAGGCGCUGGACCACGUCAUGCACAGACAUAAAACUCAGCGCUUCUUUGAUGACCAGAGGGAAAAACACAACAAGAGAUCUGCGAGCCACAAGGAAGUGGAACAGCUGUCAGAUGAGGACAAAACAGAGCUAAAGCAGUAUACAGAAGAUAUGUGCAAAGCUGAUCAGCCUACUACAGCCCUCGAUGUGUACGUGCUCACAAAAAGCAACCUGCUCGGUGGAAAAGGAAUUGAACUCACUGUCGUUGAUGAAAAUGGAAAACAGCUCACUGUGGAACGUUACUCAGGAACCAACAAAUCAGCAGGCGAUAUAAAAUUGAGAUUAACCAAACCUGCAAAAUCCAUACAUCCAUCACAAGCUGAUACAGAGCUGUACAGUGGGCGUUUUGACAUUGUACAGGAUGAUGACAGGAUAGUCAGUGUUAACUCGGAUCAUCAGAAUGCUCUUUAUCAUGCUGUAGCACAAGCAACUGGCAGCGAGACAAAGGACCUAAAUGUGGAAGCUUUGAUGCUACGUAAAAAAGUGAAAAAUGAGAUCCAGACAAACCUUGAGUUGUACACACCCCUGCUUAUUCUCCAGAGAGGAUACGACUUCUGUCAUAAAAACCCCUGUAAAUACAGCAUAACUGGAGGAAGUAUAAAGAAGACCGACGUUGCUCUGCAGAAAUACUUACAGAGUGUUAAAUUCAUCAGAAGUGGUGAACGAAUCCUCAUCAAAAUGUACCAUCUUGGAUUUGUUGGUGAAUAUAAAAGUGUUGUAAGUGCUCGGAGGUCCAGUAAGAACACCACAGGGACACUUAACACAAGCCACAUUCCACCGAAGGACUCCAUCAGACUUGCUGCGUCUGUCAUAGAUAACCCAAACUCAGUGAGUGAGCUUAAAAAUAAAAACCUGCCGCUUUAUAAACUAAUCAACAGCAUAAAGACUGACAAUAAUGGAUGGAACCUGAUAGCCAUGGAGGUUCUGGGACAAGAUCACAGACGAGCUCUAACUACGGGCCCAAGCAGCCGCUCACAGACGGCCAGGAAACUUCUAGCAGACACCAUAAUUAGUGGAGACGUGGAGCUUCUGCUGAAACGCUGCAUGAUUCUACAUCACCCGCUCACCUCACAAAAGCUGAGAGAAGCUCUAGGUGAAGGCAUUCCCUUUCAGUGCCACAUUUUGUCCGAUGAAGGUAUCCAAGGCUACUACAAAGCAGGAUACAGAAACCUGGUGUCAGAGUACAGCCGCAUGGGAAUCCUGGAUCAGAACCUGUGUGAGCGUCUGGACGAGUGGGUGACUCAGGACCAGCACGAGGACACUAACACUGCAGAGUACAGCCAGGUUCUGCAGGGGUUAAAGUGUUAGUGAACAAGUUCUCUUCAGCGCCUUAUGAUAAAUAUGAUGGUGAUGAAUACAAUGACUACAGAAAGCAGAGAUUUAUUAAUCUCUGAAAUUGCAUUCACGGCAAAAAAAUAAUAAUAAUAAUAGCAAGGUAAAGAUAAAUUGUUUUGUUGGUAGAUCAGUUUGGUCUUUUUAAGGUUUUUUUAUUUGUUGUUGUUGUUUUUAAAAAGGACCAUAAAAUAAGCAUUUAAAACUUAAAAUCAGUAAAGGAAUCUAGAAAUACUGUGUUCUGUAGAAAAAAAAUCUAGUUUUUUUUUUUUUAGUUAGUAAGGUUUGCAUGAUGAUGUUCUGUGUGUGUUUGGGGUUUAAGCAUUUAGAAAAUCAGGGUUAUUCCACAAAUUGUGAAUUUAAAUCUGAACAUAAGAAUAUUGUUUUGGGUUGUGGUUAAAUUUCAAAUGCAUGCAACAGGAAUAUAAAAAAAAAA